AUGACUGAACAGGGGCCAGCACCUACUCCUGCUGAAAUACCUCCUGUAGCUCCAGUUAUCAGUUGGGAUCCCGUGCAUCACAUUAUAUUGGUGCAAGUUAACCCUGGGGAGACCCUCACCAUCAAGUCUAAUGACGGGAACAUUCAGAAUAUUCAAGGACCCGCUGAUGUACCUCUGAUGUCACCAAGUGGUACUUUGCCACCAAUAUAUCUUCCUCCUGGUUACAUGUCUCAGGUGGUGGAAGAGAAUGGGAUUCGCAAAAUUAUCAUUGUGCCUCAGACAGUAGACUAUCACAGGACCAUGCCUCCUCCUAUACAAAAUGUAUCACACUUCAUUGCACCACCCUCUUCUCUGUAUCCACAAGCCCCUCAGCUGAUGUAUCCCCCAGCUCAAAGGGAAUUUCCACCACCUUACAUCCAAGAGCCUAUGCCACAGCAGCUACCACCACCACCACUGCCACCCCCACCCCCAUUGCCACCACCAGCAACAUUUGUAUACCACGAGCAAAAUGAAACCUAUUCUCAUGGAAGAGCAAAUUAUAACCAACUUGAUAAAAGGGCUGAUAAAAUGGGAGAAUAUAGGAAGGAAAAAAAGAGAGAAUGCCAAGUUGAUGGACACAAGAAUAGCUAUAUGGUUAACAACACCUCUUUGCUUGUGAACAAAACUAAUGAUUUUUCCAGUAUUCCUGGUAUUCCCAGCACUUACACUGUGGACUAUGCUCCUGGUACCUAUACUGUUGACAAUACUUUGAGCACCUUCACUGCAGACAAUGCUCCGCACACCUACACUGGUGACAGUACUUCAAGCACCUACACUGUGGAUGAUACUUCAGGCGCUUACACUGUAGACAAUGCUCCAAGAACCAAUAUUGUUGGCAAUUCUUUGAGCACCUACACUGUGGACAAUGUUCCAUGCAGCUACACUGUUGAGAAUACUUUGAGCACCUGCACUGUGAAAAAUACUUUGAGCACUCACACUGUGGACAGUGCUCCAAGUACCUGCACUGUGGACAGUGCUCCAGCCACCAACACUGCAAACAACACUCUGAACAUUUACACUGCUCACAAUACUCCCAAUACUUACACUGUUGACGACCCUCCAAACACUUACAUUGCUGAUAAUACUCCCAGCAAUUCUUCCACUGACCAUGCUCCUAGUACUUCCACCACAGACACUUCUCUGCCCCCUUCCACCAUCGAUAGUGUUCCGAGCCCUUCCAGCACUAAUUAUGCCCCACAGACGUCCACCUCUGACGGUACUCUCACACCAUCAUCUAUUGAUGGUACUCCAGGUUCUUCCAUUUCUGAUAGUGCUCCCGACACUCCCACCUCUGAAAAUGCUCCCAGCAUUCCUGCCACUGAUAGUGCUCUUGGUACUUCCAAUGCUGCCAGCACUUCCAGUGCUGCCAGUGCUCAUGUUGACACUAGUCAUGGAAAGAAACAGAGUACUACAGGAAGCCGAGACAUUAAGCAGAAACCAGAUGGAAAACAAAGCAAGAGCCCAUCAUCAAAUGCUGCAGAAAAAGAAUGCAGAACAGAACAUGGAAGAUCGUGCUGUCUCAGCAUUGAGAAACCUGUAGUUUCUGAUAUUCAAUCAAGAUCUGCUGUUAUUUCAUGGAAACUGCAUGGUUCUGAGAAAUGUGACCAUAUUAAAUCUCCUGUAGUAUUUGAAUUGGAAAUAUCUCACAGCAGUAAAAAUGGAAAAUAUAAAAACGUGUAUACUGGUGAUGAAGUUACAUUUACUCUACUUGAUCUACAGCCAUCCAUGGCCUAUUUUGUAAGAAUUACAAGCGUAAGAGGCUCAACACACAGAAUUGUGUCUGAAGUGGUUAGCUUCGCAACUCCAGGUUGCAAACCAGACCCUCCCCUUGCACCCAAACUGAUUAACCGAUCCAAGAGCAGCCUGAAUUUACAGUGGAAGGCUUCCAAUGAAAAUGGUUCCAAAAUAAACAGCUUCCUUUUGGAAUGGGAUGAGGGCAAAGGUGAAGACUUCAAAAGUUGCUAUAUGGGUACCAUGAAACAGCACAAGCUCCUGAAACUGAAUGCUUCUACAAAAUAUUCAUUCAGAUUAGCUGCCAAAAAUAACUUUGGCUUGAGUGAUUUCAGUGAAAUAGCAGUCUUUCAUACAUCAGGAACUACGCCUCCAACACCUUCACCUCCGAAGCUAAAAGAAGCAGGAAUCUAUAAUAUGACAUUAGAAUGGUGUGCCCCAACCAACACAAACCCUAAUGACAGUCUUACUUAUGUACUAGAAAUGGAGGAAGCAGGAUCCGGAUUGGGUUUUAAACCUAAAUACAAUGGAGAGGACCUCUCAUGCACUGUAAGAAAUCUUCAGAGAAGUACUACAUACAAGUUCAGGAUCUUUUCCUACAAUAUGGAAGGAAGGAGUAACCCCAGUGGAGAAGUAAAGUAUAGUACCUGUCCUGAUAAGCCUGGAUCCCCUAAAAAACCAUACACAAAGGGAAAGAUCCAUGCGCACAAAGUAAAAAUUGGAUGGGAACCACCCAAAGACAAUGGUGGGACAUACAUUUCAAGCUACAGUUUGGAAGUUAGUGAAAAUUCAGAUGUGAAUUUCUGGAACAUAAUCUACAAUGGAACUACAAGGGAAUUUCUAUAUGAUCACCUGCAACCUGGUACUACAUAUAAACUGAGGGUCUUUUGCACUUCGCCUAUAGGCCAAAGCCAGCCUUCAGAUAUAUUGACUAUUCAAACACCUCCUCUUUCUCCUGCAUCUUGCUGUCCUCCACCUUUGAAUGGUAAAGCAAAGGCCAAGGAAACCAAUGUACAAUGUGACAAUCCUCCUGAUAAAGGAAACUCUAAAGCACGUGCACGUGUCAAAAAGGCAAAAGGUAACCGAGAUGACAAACAAGGGCGCCCUGACUCUGAAGCGAGAUGCAUAUUUGGAUCUCAUUCAAUGAAGUGUGAAACUGCGACAGUCCCAAGCCCUCCUUCCCAAUGUGGAACACCUGUGCUAACCUGCAAGGGUCCAACUUGUGUUGCUGUUAGUUGGGAAAUUCCUGUAUGUAAUGGUGCUGAAAUCACUGAUUACAGACUAGAGUGGGGACAAAUUGAAGAAUCGAUGCACUUGAUUUACACUGGCCCUUGUCUGAAUUAUGAAGUUAAAGGUCUCAUUCCUGCAACUACGUAUUUUUGCAGAGUUCAGGCCGUAAAUACAGUUGGAGUUGGAAUGUUUGGAGGAACUGGCAUAGUAACCACACCAGCAACUGUACCAGCAGUAGUGCCAAUGCUGCAUGAAGUUGAAAACAAAGUUCCCGCCAAAUUGGCAUCAUCUUGCAUUGCUAUUGAGUGGGAGGAACCAGAUUGCCAUGGCUCUCCAAUCACUGGAUAUAACGUUGAAUAUGGAGACAGAAAACUUUUGACUGUUGAUAGAGUAACAGAGUGUCUUCUGAAAAAUCUACAGCCUGAUACCACAUACAAAAUCAGAAUUCAAGCUAUCAAUCAUUAUGGACUAAGCCCUUUUAGCCAAUCAAUAAGAAGCAAAACCAAGCCACUACCCCCUGAGCCUCCACAUCUUGACUGUGUGGUCUAUGGCCACCAGAGCCUCAAACUGAAAUGGGGUAACUCUUCAAGCAGAGGGUUACUUUCCAACCUUAUAAGCUACAAUCUGCUAAUGAGGGGUCGAUCUGGCAGAUUUUCUAUCAUUUACCAUGGACCUUGUCAGACUCACAAAGUACAAAGACUGAGUGAAUAUACUGAAUACAAAUUUAAAAUCCAGGCAUGUAAUGAAGCUGGUACGGGACCACUGUCUGGUAUCUAUACUUUCUCUACAACCAAAACCCCACCAGCCGCACUUAAAGCACCUAAAUUACAUCAGGUGAAUAGCAAUAUUUGUGCAAUCAAAUGGAAAUCUUUGGAGCCAAUAAAAGGAGAUCCCAUUGUUUACAAUCUUCAACUCAUCAGUGACAAAGGAACUGACGUGAUUUACAAAGGACCGAACACGUCAUUCUCCUUUUCCAACUUUCUCACAAAUUCACAUUAUCGCUUCAAGGUCUGUGCUGGACGCCAAUAUCAGAAUUCUUCUGGGAUACAAGAGCUCUGGGGACCAUAUAGCCCCAGUGUUCUUUUCUCAACUCGUAAGCAACACCCAGGGCAUGGCAAAGGCAGUAGAGGAAAGGGAAAAAGCAGUCCUAGUGAAGAAAAAGAUGAAAAGUCCAAGAUAGAGAUGAGUGAUGAUACGUUUGUUCUAAUCCUUGUGAUAGGAUUUGCACUAGUUGCCAUUCUGUGUGCUGUUUCAAUUCAACACUUCCUAAUCAAUUAA